AUGAAUCAUUACGCUACUAAGAAGAGUGCGGCACAGAGCAUGUUGGAUGUGGCUCUUCUGAUGGCGAACUCCUCUCAGCUGAAGACAGUGCUGCAUUAUGGAUUGCAGCAUCGCUUUUAUACUGCUCUAAUCGCUCUGAUCUCACUGUCCAUCUCACUGCAGGUCAUUGUUGGCCUCCUGCUCAUCUUCAUUGUGAAGUAUGACUUGAAUGAUGUAAAGAAACAACCGAGGCUUACCAAAAUGAAUGACGCAGCAACUAUAUUUGUGUUCUUUACUGUUCUUAUCAACAUCUUCAUCACAGCAUUGGGAUUUGAGUCUGGAGGGUGA